AUGUCAUGUAAUGGCCGAAAAAUAUUGCUGUUAUGUGUCAUUGUUGCAUUUAUACCUAAUAUUUUGGGAUUCUCGAGAAAAACUACUAUUGGAGGUCUGUUUGACAGCGAUCCACUAAUUAAAAAAGCGUUUGAGACAUCAAUCAAAGCAGUGAACAAUAAUAUCACACUCUCCAAGCAUGCGAUAGGCAUAACGUUGAAAGCCAAAAUCGAGAAAAUCAACAAGAAUGCAUUCCACGUAGCAAAAACAGCGUGCGAGUUCAUAAACAGCGGAGUGGCCGCAAUUUUCGGUCCUCAAGACAAAUCAACUGCGGACUAUGUGCAAAGUAUGUGUGAUUCCCUGGAUAUACCUCACAUUGCCGCUAGAUGGGAUUCGGAACCGAAACGUGGCAACAUGAUAAACCUGUAUCCGCACCCUGAGGUGCUCUCCACGGUUUUCCAUGAUAUAAUAAGGGAAUACAAAUGGAAGGAAUAUGCAAUACUUUAUGACAAUAUCAACGGGCUGAGUCGCAUGAGUCGUUUACUCAAGUUGCCAGAUCUGAAUACCAUUUCCGUAAUGGUGUUCCAUUUGGGUAGUGGACCGAAUUUUAGACAAGCCAUGAAAGAAAUCAAAAUGUCUGAUUAUAAAAAUAUCGUAAUCGACUGUUCAUACGAAAUUCUUGCAUCCGUUCUCGAGCAAGCACAACAAGUUGGAAUAAUGUCAGAAAAAUAUAAAGUGAUCAUUGCUUCUUUGGAUUUACAGACCCUAGACUUGGAACCGUACCAAUAUUCCGGAGUAAAUUUAACAGGCGUACGUUUAAUCGAUCCGGAAAGCUCAAUUGUCCAAGACAUCCUCCAAUCUCCGUCUCUUAAUUGGAAUUUGGUGGAUAGUUCCCAGUUAAAAGCGGAAGCGGCGCUCGCUUACGAUGCAGUACAACUUUUCGCAAGCGGUUACGCGCGACUGCGUGACAGCAUUAAGGGAAACCUCAAGAAACUGUUUUGCAAUGGCACGGAAACUUGGGGACACGGCUUCAGCUUGAGUAAUUAUAUGCGAAAUGAGCAAAUACACGGAUUGAGCGGGAUGAUAAAAUUCGACACAGCUGGAUUCCGAAGCGAAUUCCAACUGGACAUUCUAAAUCUACAAAAUCAAGGAUUGCAAAAAGUCGGAAGAUGGGAAGCAAACUCUGGUAUCCAAUGGAAGCCGACAUACAAAAUCCCUGGAGUGGACGACGAAAAAAGUUUACGAAAUAAACAUUUUCUCGUCCUGAUAUCGUUGACAGAUCCAUAUGGGAUGCUUACAGAAUCAUCCACCAUAAUGACUGGAAACGAUCGAUAUGAGGGCUUUGCGAUCGAUAUCAUUCGCGCAAUGAGCAAGAUACUGGGAUUUAAUUACACUUUUGAAGUUCAGAUCGAUAACGCUUAUGGAUCACUUAAUAAAACGACUGGCGAGUGGAACGGCAUGCUAGGAAGAAUAAUCGCUGGCACAGCGGAUUUAGCAAUCACGGAUCUAACGAUCACAGCGGACAGAGUGAGCGCAGUUGAUUUCACGGAUCCGUUCAUGAAUUUAGGUAUAAGUGUUCUCUACAGAAAACCAACAAGCGCUCCUCCAAGCUUACUAUCUUUCUUAGGUCCGUUCUCGAUGAGCGUUUGGAUACAUUUGCUCGCGGCAUACUUUGUCGUGUCGGUAGUGUUGUUUUUGGUCGGAAAACUCUGUCCUGUAGAAUGGACGAAUCCGUAUCCUUGCAUCAAGGAGCCAGAAGUAUUCGAGACACCCUUCACCGUGACAGACACUCCGUUCUUCGUGAUCGGAGCCAUACUGAAGGCGGCUACCGGAUUCGUGCCCGCAGGAAUCUCGACAAGGGCAUUGGCUAUCGCGUGGUGGUUCUUCGCUUUGAUCAUCACUUCGACUUACACUGCCAAUCUGGCGGCCGCGCUAUCCACAAAAUCCGUCGUGUGGCCUUUCAAAGUGGCGGAAGAGCUGGCCUACCAGAAGAAAAUCAAGUACGGUGCCAAAGUGGGUGGCUCGACGUUAUCGUUCUUCAAGGACUCCUCGCACGAACCGUACGGGAUUAUGUAUAAUUACAUGAUGCAUCAUACUGACGAGGUACUUAUGGGAAAGAACGAGGAGGGCGUGUGGAAGGUGCAGAACGAAAAUUACGCGUAUCUCAUGGAGUCCACGUCAAUCGAGUAUAUCAUGGAGAGAAAGUGUAAUGUAACGCAGGUCGGUGGACUUUUAGACGCCAAGGGUUACGGAAUAGCGAUGAGGAAAGAUGCGCCUUAUCGCACGGAGCUAAACGGUGCUGUACUGAAGCUGAAAGAAAGCGGCGCGAUCAACGAGUUGCAAAAUAAAUGGUGGAAAGAGAAGCGAGGCGGCAAUGCGUGCGAAGAAAAAGCGCCUGUCAAAGUUGAAGCAUUAAAUUUUGAAGACGUCGGUGGAGUAUUUUUAGUAAUGAUAAGCGGAGUUAUGUUGUCCUGGAUUUUUGCGAUAUGGGCAUUUCUUUGGAAUAUUCGAAACAUCGCGAUCAAGCACAAUAUGUCCUACAGAAACGUGAUUAUAGAGGAAUUAAAAUUCUUAAUCAAGUGCAAUAACAAGAAGAUCGUGAAGAGAAGGAAGAAAUCCGUCGAGACGAUCACAAGCAACAGCACGGACUUCCAAUAAAUACAUGUACAUACGCAAGACAGAAGUUACUAUAAAAAUUGCCUUGAUAAUUAGCAUUAUUUAUAGAAUACGAUCGCCUUUAGCGAAACUAAAGCGAACCAUCAUCAAGAAACCUGAAAAUAUCAUUCUGCGAACGCGUUUUAACGAUCUCCAGCGGUGCUAAGAUGGGCUGAAAUAGCGUAGGAAAUAAGUGUCGCGUAUUAAAUACUUUUCUUAAAACUGUAAUCGGAUUGACGAUUGCAGCGAAUCGUCGUAGCACACGAUAAAGAAAAUCUCUGCGUGCAAUCGAACGUUCGUGAAAAUUACA